AUGAACAAGACCAAGGAAGCUUUUCAGAGCCCAGAGCUUUGGAGCCCAGGUCACACACAGAGCACCUCCUUGACCAGUGUGGCACCACCACCUGCAUUCAGCCAGCAGGCCACAGACAAAGCCCAGGAUGCAAUCCUUAUUGUGGUCCUCUUCAUCAUCAUGGUAUCUCUGGGGUGUUUGAUGGAGGCAGCCAAGAUCACAACUCACCUCAGGAAGCCCAAAGGCAUGGCAAUUGCUGCAAUGGCUCAGCACGGCACCAUGCCCUUGCCAGCAUUCAUAUCGGGCAAGCUCUUCCCGCUGGGUGCUACAGAAUCCCUGGCCAUCCUCAUCUGCGGCUGCUGCCCAGGGGAAAACCUCUCCAAUAUCUGGCACUAAGAUGGGACAUGAACCUCAGGAAAGGCAAGCCGAUCCUUUCUUCAUCCCAGCAUUGUAAUGACCACAUGCUCAACAGUCCUGGCAAUUGGACUAAUGCCUCUGCUUCUGUACCUUUACUCGAGAGGACUAUGUGAGGGUGAUUUGGAGGGCAAGGUACCCUACAAAGGAACAAUCACCUCCCUGGUCCUGGUGCUAAUCCCCUGUGCCAUCAGCAUCAUCCUGAAUGUGCAGAAACCACAGUACACUGGCUUUACUAUCAAGGCAGGGGUGGUUGUGGUUCUACUGUCAUCUGCUGCGAUAAUCGUUCUGUCUGUGGCCAAUGUGGGAAGCAGUAUCACAGUUGUCUUCUCACCAUCCCUCCUGGGAUCUUCUGCCUUGAUGCCUUUUAUUGGAUUCCUGCUGGGCUAUGUUCUCUUCGUGAUCUUCAAGCUUAAUGACGAGUGCAGGCAGACAGUGUGCAUGGAAACUGGCUGCCAGAACGUACAGCUUUGUUCGACUAUCCUCAAGGUCACCUUUGCCCCAGAAAUCAUUGCCCCAUACUUCUUCCCACUGCUCUACUUGCUCUUGCAGCUUGGAGAGGGACUUCUGCUGGUCCUGGUCUUCAGGAUCCACAACAGAAUAAAGAAACCAAAUGAGGUUAAAGCCCUCUUCUGCCCUGCCUCUGACGACCCAGCAUCUGAGCCACCAACCACCGUGACCGAAGCCCACCACCGCCCAGAGCCAACUGGUGCUAACCCCACUAGCAGCGUCCCACCCUGA